GUCAUUUACACUCCAAACCAAGUCACUCUUUUACAAUCUCAAGACUUACCAAACAAAAGAAAGCAAUAAUACCUCCAAGAAGACAUAACUGCAUCCAUAAGUAAAAGAAAACACCUACUACGACCGCCAACAUGUCGGAUCUCGAUCACUUUGAUCUCCUUCCCAUCCAGAUGGACCCUCAGUCCAAGGCCAUCACCUCGCAAACAGCAUCGCGCUCUCUCGCCGCCGAACUCGAAGCUCUAAACACACUCCACCGCUCUCUCCUUACCAUCGAGCACCCUUCAGGUGCACCCCCACCUCCCGUGCCCGUCAACCCCAAGCGCACUGCCAACGUGACCAAGCUCCGCGACUCUGGCAACAACGAAUACCGCAAGGGCAAGUUCCCCGAGGCCAUCAAGUUCUACACUCUGGGUGUCCAGAUGGCCAUGCAGCGCCCCAUGUGGGAGCCCGCUGCGCUCGUCAGGGAGGAGAUCAGCGGACUGCUUGCCAACCGAGCGCAGGCGCACAUGGCGAUGCAGAACUGGGCCGAGGGUGCCGUGGAUGCGCAUGCGAGCGUUGAGGCACGCUGGGUCGGAAACGCAAAGGCUUGGUGGAGAAGGGGAAGAUGUUUGGCCGAGAUGGGCAGACUUGAAGAGGCUAGGGACUGGAUUAGGAGAGGACUGGAGGUUGAGGGUGAGGAGGGAGAGCUGGUGCAGCUAUUGAGGGAGAUUGAGGAGAGGAUUGAGAAGCAGCAGGGUUAAGUUGACGAGGCAUGGUUGAGCGUGCUUUUGAUCAAUGUUCUUGAAGGCUGAGACGAAGUCGGGAUUCACCCGAGACAUAAGAGAUGGGUGCAAGCUCCGAAGCAACGAUAGAAGUUAUGAGGUCUUAGUGAGGGAAUGCCAGUAACAGCGGCAUAUGGAAUUUUUAUUUGAACGGCAUUGUUUGUUUGGCCGUGGUUCUCUGGAGUUUUAAUAUCAACGCAACGCAUUUGAUGGAUCG